AGCUAACAAUACCGAUUCUACCUCCCGCUAUACCUCAUUCUGUGAGAUACUCCGCAAUGGCUCCUCAAAAGUCUGUUGCUGAGCUUCCACGAUCGGUUCUUCCCCGCCUGACGUGGAAUGCCUCGUCGACCCGAACGAGCCUCACAGCAUCUCAUUCCGCUCCCCUCUCUGCGGGAAGGAGGCAGUCCCCACAAGGUUGGAUUACCUUCACAUGGCAAACACAAUCACAGGUCUUUUCGCAGUCAGUUGCGACGUUCUCCACGGUAUCUCGAAGCUUUACUUCGACUUCAAUCGCUCAACGCUUUCCGCACUCGAUAUCCCACAAGACUAAGUCCCAGAGUACACAGCCCGUUGGCGCUCCUAUCCGCCAUAAUGGGGUCUAUGUUGCGACCUUUAAGCCAGCCCGUCGGGCUUUUCAUGCUUCGGCGCCGAGGAAGCGAGACCACCAUUUCGAUACGUUGAAGUUCGUCCAGCGGCUCAAGGACGAGGGAUUUAGUGAAGAGCAGGCUGUCGCCAUGAUGAGGGUCCUAAAUGAUGUUAUCCAGGAGUCGAUACAAAAUCUUACCCGGACAAUGGUUCUGAGAGAAGAUACCGAGAGAUCAGCCUAUACUCAGAAAGUUGACUUUGCCAAACUCCGCUCCGAAUUGUUGAACGCAGAUUCAACUGAGGCCCAACUCAUACGCUCGUCGCAUGAAAAGAUAGCCGCCGACCUAGCGAAACUUAAUUCACGACUUCGGGAUGAGAUAGGACGCACUCAGGCCUCCGUACGUCUCGACCUUAACCUUGAGAAAGGUCGGAUUCGGGAAGAAGCGAACAGCCAAGAGAUGCGCAUCAAGGAGACAGAAACAAGAAUUGAACAAGAAGUAGCAGGUCUAAGGGAGCGUGUGGAGGCCGUUAAGUUCUCUACACUGCAGUGGCUUAUGGGUGUCUGCACUGGUACUGCUGCUUUGAUUCUCGGUGCCUGGCGUCUUCUGAUGUAAGCCAUUGCUGUCAAUUGA